AUGACCAUCGCCAAACUGGACUCGUCUCCAGUUCUCAAGCGCUAUAGUGGCGGAAGCCGUGAUGUGAGCGCUGGGAAUCUGGAAAGCACCCCACUCAUUCGAACGCUGCCAGAACACUUGUAUGGAGCAAGGUCUUCAAGCAGAGAUAGGAGAGGACGUCAGCCCCAUCACCACAGGGCGAUGACUGUGGACCUGCCGCUGCAACGAGAUAGAAACCUACUGGGGCUGCCUCACGAAAGGCGGCUGCUGGUCUCUGCUGCUGAUAUGCACAGAUUCAACAACCCCAGAGUUCACGCGGGCCCGUCGAUGCCUUUCUACCAGAGACUUCUCUCUGGGGGGUUCACUGUGCUGAACCCAAUGCUGUCGAGUCAUGAUUUGACGACAUUUGCAUUUUCUGAUGCGGGCCUGGUUCGCUCGUGUUUGGACGAAGUAGACGAUUUCGAGAACACGCCGCUUAGAAGGAUGAGUGUUCUCAAUGAGCUCAGGCCAGAGAAGCUAAUAGGCAACUGGGCACCAUUGGCAGAUUGGAAAGCUGGCCAUGUCGAUCCUAAUCUGUCUAAGAUGCUGCGUGGGCUCCGCAAGUUCUACAAGGAACAGAAUCACCUUAUUGAGAGGUACACAGAGAUUGACCACUUCCUCGAUUAUGGGAAGAUCCACUUGAACAUGUUGAACAACUACACGGAUCCUAAGGCGACCAAACUAAAUUCUCUUGAGGAGGAACCUGAGCUGGCACCCAUGGCAAAGGCUACAUCGAAGUCUAGGCUCAACACCGAACCGGGAAAUAUCAGAGAAGGUGGCGUGUUCUUGGGGUACAACGAGGAACAGUCGCUGCAGAGCGUUUUGGUUGCUAUUUUGGUAAACUUUGCUGUGAAUACUAUGUUACUUGUGGGCAAGAUCGUCAUAUCCUUGUUGACCAACUCCCUUUCGGUGAUAGCGUCCUUGGUAGAUUCGGUGCUUGAUUUCUUGUCGACUUUUAUCAUCUACAUCGCCAAUAGGCUUUCCAACAGCAAAAAUUGGCGCACACAAAUUCUUUACCCUAUCGGAAGGACGAAGCUAGAGCCUUUGGGGGUUCUUAUAUUCUCGGUCAUUAUCAUCAUCUCCUUCUUCCAAGUCGGUCUUGCAUCUUUCAAGAAGCUCUUCUUAAGUCUGCCAGAGGAAAGAGUGGUGGUUGAAAUUGGUCUCGAUGCUAUUUCGAUUAUGUUGGCAACCAUAUUAGCCAAAAUUAUCUGUUGGGCCUGGUGCAUAACGUCAAAAUCGAGCUCCGUGCAAGCUUUGGCCCAAGACGCUAUGACUGACGUUAUUUUCAACACAGUAUCUUUAAUAAUGCCAACUAUCGGCCAUUACGCAGGUAUUUGGUGGGCUGAUCCCCUUGGUGCAUUCGUUCUCUCGGUGUAUAUCAUCAUCAGCUGGAGUUACACUGCUUUCGAACACAUUGAUAACUUAACAGGUGCUGUUGCCAGUGCUGCUGACUACAAGGUGGUAUUAUAUUUGGCAUACCGUUUUGCAGAAUGCAUCAAGCUGAUUACUGCGUUGAAAGUAUAUCACGUUGGCGACAAUCUCAACGUUGAAAUAGACGUUGUCUUUGACACAGAAAAUUAUAAUUUGAGCUUCAAAGACGCUCACGAUAUCGCUGAAGCCCUUCAAUAUGCGAUCGAAAGUUUACCUAUGGUUGAGCGUGCUUUUGUACAUAUAGAUUACAUGGAGGGCAACUUUAAAGGCCACCUUACAUAG